AUGACAAGGAGGUCGCUAUCAGUUGAAGAAGCGGUUGAGCUUCAGUUCAGGCUUCCAGAUGAUCCUCGAGAAAGCGACAUCGAGAGUGAACUUGCAGACAGUGAGAAUGAAGGUGUGCCUGCGCUGGCUCCGGUCGAGAAAAGUGACUCAGAUGACAACGCGCUUGAUCAGCCAUCCACAAGCACAGGAAAAAGGAGGCGAUCAUCGUACGUCAGGAAGAAGCCCAAAAAAAGGAAAAGACGCCCGAGAAGUCCUGAGCCAGUCCAAUCGGAUAACUCUGACAGCCGAGAUGUUGCCUCGGAAGGAACCGCUUUGUGGUCUACAGCUCUUCCUGUUCUCAACAAUCGCUCUGUGAGUAGCCUGGAACCGCAGUAUUCGAGCAAGUUGUCCUCAUCUUGUACACCAUCCGAGUCAUUCAGCCUGUACUUCAAUGAUGAUGUACUUGAAAUGAUCGUGCUUGAAACAAACCGCUAUGCCAGGCAGGAGGCUCGAAGAGGGUGGCACGAUCUAACAAAAGGUGAACUGAAAGCCUAUUUGGGCACUCUUAUUUUGAUGAGCGUAAAUCCUGCGCACCAUCUGUACGUCUACUGGAGUAGCGACAGCUUUUUCAAUGUGAAGGAGAUAUCCAGUGUGAUGACAUUCAAGAGGUUUCAGGCCAUUAUGAACUCACUGCACUUUUACGACAAUGAGAAGAGAAAAAGUAAAGGUGAAGAGGGUUUUGUUAGACUGGCCAAAAUACGACCUCUUGUGGAAACCAUGAACAAAAAGUUUCUUCAAGAGUACAAGCCUUCUGGCCACCAGGCAAUUAACGAAAGUAUGGUGCGUUUCAAAGGAUGA